CACAAAAUCAAUCGCCGAAACUGAUUUAACUUACAACAAAAUGUGGCCAUAUAUUCUUUAAAUGUAUUGAAAGUCAAGCAAAACGUACAAAAUAUUAUAAAUUCGCAUAGCCCAUUGGCUGCGUUGGAGUAUUCCCUAGCGCCCGAUUGAACUUGUAACGCCAAAUGACGCGAGACAUUGUUGUACCUAACUCAUCAUCGUCGGCGGUGUCAUCAUCGCCCCCCAUUCCCACCACCGAUGCCGCCGUUGCCUAUGCAUCUGCAUCGGAUGCAGCUGCUGAAUAUAUGCGUAACUUUGAGAACAUUAUAGCGCCGGGUCGGGAGCCUGUGAUGACCAAAGAGUACAAACCACAAGUGGCCCACCAGUUCGAGCGCUAUCUCAAUCCGCAGAAACUGAAGCAGCAUGUACUCCACAGCGACAAAAUGGCUGCCAUAUUAGAAUACUAUGCAAAGGAGACAGAUCAGCCGCUAAGGCAGUUGAAACAGCAGGCACGCAAAAUCUUGGAUGAGAUUGGAUUGGAUCGCAAUCUCGCCAUAAUUCGGUGGUGCGGCAUGGCUAUUACAGCCAUUGGGAAGCGGAUCUGCGAUGGAAUAUAUGUGAAUGCGGAAAGCAUUGCAGCAGUCAAGGAGGAUAUAGGACGCAGGAGUUGUCCAGUACUCUACUUACCAAGUCAUCGCAGCUAUAUGGACUUUGUUCUCAUGAGCUAUAUUUGUUUUUAUUACGAUGUUGAGAUACCAGGCAUAGCAGCUGGAAUGGAUUUCCAUUCUAUGUAUGGUAUGGGAACAAUGUUACGUAAGACCGGCGCCUUUUUCAUGCGUCGCUCUUUUUCCAACGAUGAGCUUUACUGGGAUAUAUUUCGUCAGUACAUGUAUGCUCUGGUCGCCAGUUACCACAUUGGAGUAGAGUUCUUUAUUGAGGGGACGCGUUCACGCAACUUCAAGGCAUUGGUCCCGAAAGUGGGUCUGUUAUCGAUGGCAUUACUCCCCUAUUUCACGGGCGAAGUGUCCGAUGUUACCAUCGUACCCGUGAGCGUUUCCUAUGAGCGCGUUUUGGAGGAGCAGCUAUUUGUGUACGAGCUACUAGGUGUGCCAAAACCGAAAGAAUCGACGAAGGGAUUCUUUAAAGCACUGAAAAUAGUCGACGAAAGAUUUGGAAAGAUGUAUUUGGACUUUGGUGCGCCUAUAUCAGCACGUGAAUUCUUUGGCCACAGCAGUGUGCAGCGCAUCCAACGAGCUGGAAUUGGUGCCCAUUUGCAAAAGCUGAACCGGGAUGAGAUUGAGCAAGUGAAGCAGCUGGCGAAUGAAGUUAUCUACCAGCAGCAGCGUCGCAUAGUGAUAAACACCUUUAAUCUGCUGAGCCUUUACUAUGCCAGCCAGUUAUACGCACAGCGCAGCGUGAAUAUCGACGAAUUGUCGCUGGGAAUCCUGCAUCUAAAGCACAUCUUUGAACAGCUUGGUGCCCACGUUUCUACAUCGGCUAAUAGCAUAAAAGCUGAUAUAAUUGAUGCAGUGGAAAUACACUCCAAUAUUGUGAAUUUCCGGCAGGCGCGCCUUGAAUUUACGCAGCUGACGGCGGAACAGUUGGAGCAGCAAAUCGACAUGACUCGUCUAAAGGGACAUGCGUUGUGUUCGCACACAAUGGCUGUAGCCGUACCUAUGCUUGCGCUUCAGCUAUACAUAAAUCCCUCUCUCUUUUGGCUGGCACGACUCGCCUACUUAGUCCUUGGAGCGCUGAAGGAGCAGCACAAACAACAAACUGGCGAUGGUUCUGUAUCGCGCUCAGCCACACUUGCCGGCCUUAAGCUUCAUGCCGCAGCUUUAGAAGGGCUGUUCCAGUAUGAGUUUAUCAUCGAGUCAAAUCGCGAGGCUGCAGAGUUUGAAACACACCUCCAGCUGUUGCUAGACGAGCGAGUCCUGGAACUGGAUGACACAACUGGUAGUAUUAAAGUGAACGACAACGAUUGUAGUCGCGUGAUUCUUGCGGCUUUGGCGCCAUUUCUGUGCCUCUAUUAUCAGCUGAUUGUAACGUUGCGUCAGUUUCCCGCCCAGUCCGAGUUCAAUAAUAAGGAGUUGGUCGUGCGUGUACAGGAGCAUGUAGAGCAACUGCUCAAGCAGCCGGCCUCAGCUUAUGUUCAUCCGUAUUGUUUGGCCCUUGAUAAUCUGAACAUUGCUAUCCAUGCGCUCGUCCAACACGGCUAUCUACUAAAGGAGCGCGACAGUGGAAUAAUGCGCCACGCUCCCACACCCACCAAAUGCCUCCGCGAGCUGGAAAUGCAGCUGCUCUCGUACUGCCAGCUGAUGCCUUUCGCUCAAUACUCGGCAGCGGCCAACCAGCAGGCCCAGUGGCACAUAGCCAAGUUAUAACUGACAAACGGCAAGCGGCCGGCGACCGCUCCGCCCUCUCAUAGUACAAUUGCAUUCCUUAUUCGGUUCAUUGUCACAUUGCUCAAAAACUGUCGCAUCAUUUGUAUUUUAACUGUCUUUGUAUUCAUCUCACCAUUGUUUCAGUUUCUCAUGUGGUUCCUUGCAUCUUCCUGCUCAUGGUAAGUUUAAGAUCGGUGACGGGUUGAGCUAAGGUGGCGGAUUUAUAUAGGAUAUACUUGAAGCAGUCGGUAGAAGCACUAUACUUCUACAAACCGAUACAGAUGUGUGUAUAUGUAUGUAUAACACAUUUAUAUGUUUUAUAUCUUGUUACGAACCAUUUACAGGAGUCCUGCAACGGUAGCCCAGUGUAACAAAAUCUGUAGUUAUGUGCUACUCUUCAUAAAAAAAUAAUUUGUAAGUUUAGAAAGAAAAAAAUGCAUUCCUUUUUAGAUUGUAUCUUUCACAUUCCAAUGAUAUAUCAAUCAAUCAAAAGUCAGCGAAAUAACUCAAAUUUUUGACUAAACUUGAAGUAUUAUAAGGAGAUCAAUGGAAAUUAGACUAAAAUAUUAGUAAUAAUCUUUAAAUACUCAAAAACUUUUUUAAAAUCAUUAGCUGUUACUGUUCAAACUAAAAACCAGACAUGGCGGCAAAAAAACCAUUAAGAAUUGCUUUUAUUCAGUUCAAAACAUUUUUUUUCCAGGAAUUUAUGUAAUGGUAUACUCGUAUAUACAUUUGAGUCAAAAAGGAUUGUUCGAACGGUGUAGAAUAACUUUAAUUUUGUUCAUGUUUUGUUUUAUAUUUUGAAUGUCGUCUGAGAUGCAAGCAGCAACUUGAACCACUAUGUUUCCUUAGGCCGUAGAUACUGAGUAUCUUAUAGACAGACUGAGGUGUAUUUGUACAGAUUUAGGACUCUGUUCCUUGCAUUAACUCGCUUGUUCAAAAUUAAAGAAAAACUACAUUUAAAUGAUGUGUACAAAGUUGUUAAUUUAGUAUUCAAUUUGCUUUCAAAAGCCAGAGGUCCGAACGUCGGUCUGACUUAUGAUUCACACCUAUAUCGUAUAAAUUAAUUAUUACCCGACUAUUGGUUUGCCUCAGAAUCGUAUCACGUACUCGAGUACUGAAAUCCUAGGAAAUAAAAGGUUCCUAUGUCAGAUAUGUAAGUAACGGUUGGAACACUUAUAGGCGAAAUGUAAAAAUUAUUUUUUUGACUUUUGAUUGAUUAAUAUUUCAGACAAAUUUGUAAUCAAAACACUAAAUAAUUUUUAGUAACGGUACCAUGUCGAAUCGUUGAUUUGUGUGUUCGGUGGACGAUUCACAUAAGAAAAAAAGUUUGCCUUCGGGAAUAAACGUUGCCAUUAUUCAUGUAAGGGCAGAUAUGUAUACAUAUAUAUUUUAUACAUAAUUGUGCCAACAGUCCCUUUGCAGAACCUGAAGAAGUGUUCUUAAGUAGCCAGCCAUAUAGCGCAUAAUUAUUAUAUUUUUUAGAAAACAUAAUGCAUAAUUAAAUUUUCCUUUGUAAGGGAAAAGUAAGCAAAGUGGGAAUCCUUGACAUGUUAUGUUAUUUCGAAGGAAAUGUAUUUAUGAGUUGUUUUUUUAGUGUUUUACAUUGAUACAAUUAUUGGUAUGUAUGUACAUACCUUUAUAUUGGUAUUUAUAAGGUGAUUUGUAUAUGGGUCGACGCUAGUAUUAAAGAUUUUGUUGGAAUUAGUCACAAACGAGCAAUAGCAAUAUAAAAUAUAUAAUCUUUGAACUAAGAAUGGUAAAACCUGAUACAUAUAUAACACCAUUACCAACUAUAUUUUGUACAUACAUAUACAUAUGCAAAAGUAGAAUAGAACAGUAAGAAUAAAUUAUUUAGAUGGUGCCAGUUGCGCCUUUGCAAAUA